AAACGCUGAUGUAAUUCUCACAGCCGUUCUAUAUGGAAACAGGGACGCCGCGCGGGGGCUUCUGGGUAGUUGGGUAUUUCUUUCGCCCUUUCGAUGUAGCUUCUAUAGGGAUUUGCUCCAUCGGCACUACAACUCCCGAAAGGCCCCGCGGCGAGGAGAGCAAAGAAAAUGGAGGGUAGCGAGAGGAGAAGGGGGUGGGCGGAGUUUGCGCUUGCGCAGAAGAGGCCCGGUGGCGCAUUUUCCCCCAUCCUUCAGGCAGACUGAGGCGGAAGGGCCUAGCAGUGGGAGGGGCCGGGAGAGGCGCCGGAGUCCCGACUGAGGCCGGGAAGAGAGAGAGGGAGAGAGAGGCAGAGUGGCCUGCUCCUCUCAAAAUUGUUUUUUAAAAAAUGGAACAAGUAGAAGAGACGUCUAAAAGAAUUCUCCUGGAGCCAUACAGCUAUCUACUUCAACUACCAGGUAAGCAAGUGAGAAGCAAACUUUCCCAAGCAUUUAAUCACUGGCUGAAUGUUCCUGAAGAUAAGUUACAGGUGAUCAUUGAAGUGACAGAAAUGUUGCACAAUGCAAGUUUGCUUAUAGAUGAUAUAGAAGACAAUUCAAAACUGCGACGUGGUUUUCCAGUGGCUCAUAGCAUUUAUGGAAUACCAUCUGUAAUAAACUGUGCAAAUUUUGUGUAUUUUCUUGGUUUGGAAAAGGUAUUGACACUUGAACAUCCAGAUGCUGUGAAAGUGUUCACUUGCCAACUUCUGGAACUCCAUAAGGGCCAAGGCUUGGAUAUUUACUGGAGAGACAAUUACACCUGUCCUACAGAAUCAGAGUAUAAAGCCAUGGUUCUGCAAAAGACGGGUGGCCUUUUCGGACUGGCUGUGGGUCUUAUGCAAUUGUUCUCAAGUUACAAAAAAGAUUUAAAACCACUUCUUAAUACCCUUGGCCUCUUCUUCCAAAUUCGAGAUGACUAUGCAAACUUACACUCCAAAGAAUAUAGUGAGAACAAAAGUUUUUGUGAAGACCUAACUGAAGGGAAGUUCUCAUUCCCAACUAUACAUGCCAUAUGGUCCAGGCCUGAAAGCACACAGGUUCAGAAUAUCCUGCGACAAAGGACUGAAAAUGUGGACAUUAAAAAAUACUGUGUACAUUAUCUUGAGAAUGUUGGUUCUUUUGAAUACACCCGUAAAACUUUACAAGAACUUGAGUCUGAAAUUUAUAAACAAAUUGAAUUGCUUGGGGGCAACCCUGAGCUUGUAGCUUUAGUUGAAUACUUAAGUGUAAUGUUCAAGGACAAUGAAAAUUGACAUAAUUGGCAAUUAGGCUUUACUGGACAGAAUAUUGAAAUAAUCAAGAAAACAAAACCAUUGGACAGUAUCUAUUUUUGCUGCAUAGAGAGCUGUUCUGAAGCAUAGUUUAAGGGGCAGGGGAUUUGAUGUAUACAAAAUGAUAUUUGAACUUUUUAUUUUCAGCUUUUGAUGCAAUGUUGCAUAUUGCUACACACUUCCAUUGAAAUAAAGCUGCCAAGUCUUACUUGAAAAUAUUCUGAUAUUA